GCUCGUCACGCUGUUUAUGUAGGAAGUGCUGGAUUACCCAAACCACUUCCCAUAUAAUCAGCAGUGAAACUAUUUUAUGUCAGUGGGUAUCUGUAAUCUUACGUUGUUUUAGGUCAAACCAAACGUUCUACUUCACAGCGCCUUAAUAUAUGGAGGUUAUCACAUCGGAGGACAACAGGGACUCCGAAUUUCGAACGCAACUAUUCAACGAUUAAUAAGAAUAUGGCGUUAAGAAGUAGCUGAAUCCAGCAGCCUUGCGUGUUACACCGAAAUGGCGACUUGAAAAGCAAUGUUGGAGCGGUAUCUGCUUACAAAUGCCUGCUGUGCUUUUAGUGUUGUUUUGCACCUUUGCUCUGCGAUGGAAUCAUGCCAGCAGCCAGCAAUCUGUUUACUCUCUUCUGCAUGAGUCAAACACUCAGCGCAUGGAUCUCGGCAGUGUCUGGAGUCCUGCUGCAAGAGGUGCAGUGGACCGCAGUGGGGACGAGUGUGAUGCGGUAAUGAACCUGUCUGCCAGUAAGCGAUGUGAGUUUGUGAAGAACACACCGGACUGUGCUUCAGAUGAAGGAUUUAUCAAUUACCCAUGGGUCACCUUCUGCCUGUUCUCACCUCAUCUACUGCCUCUAGUCAUCACACUCUAUGUUCUCUGGCUGUUUGUGCUGUUCCUUAUUCUUGGGCUGAUUGCAUCAGACUUUUUCUGCCCAAACCUCUCAGCCAUCUCCUCCACACUAAGACUGACUCAUAACGUGGCCGGAGUGACAUUCCUGGCUUUUGGAAAUGGGGCGCCAGAUGUGUUUAGUGCCAUGGCUGCUUUUUCUCACCCUCAAACUGCUGGUCUUGCCAUUGGAGCACUGUUUGGUGCAGGGAUCUUUGUGACAACAGUGGUUGCUGGGAGCAUUGCUCUGGUUAAACCUUUUACUGUGGCGUCUCGGCCAUUCCUUCGUGAUGUCAUAUUCUACAUGGCAGCUGUGUUUUGGACCUUCACUAUCCUCUAUAAAGGCCACAUUACCCUGGGAGAGGCAGUGGGCUAUCUGGGGCUGUAUCUUGUAUAUGUUUUGGCUGUGGUUGUGAGUGCAUAUGUUUACAAUCGUCAGAAGCAUCAGUUGAACAGCUCAAUCCAGAGCUCAGCUAGAGCACAUGAAGAGAUUCUCACCUCUGAUUCAUAUCGUGAAACUUUGAGUGGAAGCAUACAAGAACAUGAUGAAGAGUAUGAGCCUUUGCUGCCUUACACUCAAUCAACCAUUCAGAUCUUCCUGAAUGCCAUUAACCCGGUAGACAGCCGGACUUGGAGGAGAUGGCACUGGAGUGGCAAAGUCCUCAAAGUGAUCAAGGUGCCUGUAGAACUGCUGUUACUGUUGACAGUUCCUGUGGUGGACACAGAUAAGGAGGAUUAUAACUGGAAACGCCCUCUUAACUGUCUUCACAUAAUCACUGGGCCUCUAGUGUGUGUGCUCACCUUCCAGUCUGGAACCUAUGGUUUGUACCUCAUUCAGGGAGAGGUUCCAGUAUGGGUGCUCACAGUUUGCAUUGGAGUCUUCCUUUCUGCUCUAGUCUUCUUCACUACUACAAACGAACAUCCUCCUGCAUAUCACUUUCUGUUUUCUCUGUUGGGUUUUGUGGUCAGUGCUCUGUGGAUCAACACUGUGGCAUCAGAGAUUGUCAGUGUGCUGCACCUGCUGGGUGUUGUUCUCAGUCUGAGCAACACUGUACUGGGCCUUACCUUGUUAGCCUGGGGCAACAGCAUCGGAGAUUGCUUUUCAGACAUUACUUUAGCCCGUCAGGGAUAUCCACGGAUGGCCAUCGCUGCUUGUUUUGGAGGCAUUAUCUUUAACAUGAUGUUUGGUGUGGGUCUGGGCUGCCUGCUGCAGAUGUUCCAUCAUAAUCACAUUGUGAUGCUGGAGCCAGAGGGAUCGCUAUGCUGGGUUCUUUCUGGAGCACUGGGUCUGUCUCUGGUCUUCUCCUUCAUACUAGUUCCUCUUCAGUGUUUCCACGUGAGCCGAGUCUAUGGUGUUUUUCUCCUGAUCUUCUACAUCAUCUUCCUCAUCACCGCCCUCCUCACCGAGUUCAGGAUUAUCCAAUUCUGACUUCAGCAGGAACACUAACCGGACAAGUGCAAUGACUCUCAUCAAAUUAUAAGAUUAUCUAGUAUUUUUUAAAUGUAUGUAUUCAAAGAUUUGAUCUGAGCCAGUAAUUACUGUACACUAAUUAAAUUCUUAAUUGAAAGUCUUUUCAAGUAACGAUAAAGUUGAAUCAUGAGAUUGAAAUUAUUAAAGUUUUUAUUUUAUUAAACAUGACACUUGCAAAAUA